AGCUACAUAUUUCCUUAUUAUCUGUAGCACAGCUACACCUGAAGCUGCUGCCACAAGUAAGGGUUUGAGCUCUAGAAGAUGAGCGCUUGCAAAACCCUAAUUCAAGCAUGGGUCUCUUCUUGUACUGAAUGCAAUUUGCGCAGACUCAAUUCACGCACAUCUCUCUCGUCUCUCUUUCUCCCUCUUCUCCCUCCUCGAUUUCUCUCCCUUCGCUCUCCUCCAGGUUAUGUUAGUUUGGGAGUUUCAAGGAAACAAUACAGUAGAUGUGCAAGUACUCAACUUGCUGUUUCCGAAUACGCAACUGAGUUACCUCUAGAUGAACAAUUGUCCGAUGAAUUUGAUAACAAAGACACUGUGGAACAAAUACUUAAUAAAACGGAUGAUGUUACAACAUUUAUGAAAAUGGAACGUAGGCCCGAAGGGGAGUCUAGGUUUUCGGAUUCCAGUCGCUGGUUUCCGUAUUUGGAUGAGUUUAGAGCUGGGGAUGCGGUUUUAAAUAGUGAUCAAGUGUUGGAGUCUGUUGAUUCAUAUAUUAUGGAAAGCAGGAAGAGUAGGUUUGAGGAUGCGGUGAGGAAUAGGAGUUACGCGGUUUGUUUGGUUGUCGAAGGGUUGUCGGACUUCGGGAAUGUUUCUGCCGUGUUUCGGUCGGCGGAUGCGCUUGGAAUUCAAUCGUUGCACGUUGUGUCUUGUAAUAGCUCCAAAAGGUACCGAGAAAACCGUCAUGUUAGCAUGGGGGCAGAAAAAUGGUUGGAUAUUGAACUUUGGGACUCCACUAAGGAGUGCUUUGAAGUUUUGAAGUCCCGUGGUUAUCGCAUUGCGACAACACACCUUGGAAUGGAUGCAGUUUCCGUUCAUGAUAUGGACUGGACAUGUCCCACUGCAAUUGUUGUUGGUAACGAAAAAAGGGGAAUAAGUGAUGAGGCUUUAAGCUUGUCAGAUUUACAUUGCAGUAUUCCAAUGAAAGGCAUGGUGGACUCUUUCAAUGUUUCUGUUGCUGCUGGCAUUCUCAUGUACCAUGCUGUCUGUGACAGAAAUUCUCGCAUGGGUUCCCAUGGUGAUUUGACACAAGUUGAAAGUAAAAUUUUACUUGCCGAAUUCUCUCUGCGUCACAGCAGAAGUGCACUAAGCAUUGCCCAUGAGUAUGCAAAGCGGAAGCUUAAACCAACCCCAAAGCUUUGAUGAGCACAAGCUAGAGACUUUUGUUUUCAUCGGUUCUUUUCUGCAAAAUUUAACAGGUGUACAACAGAUACCUGGCAGAGUUUAUGCGCAUAGCUUUAUUCAAAGGACAAAAUGUUAAAUGAAACAGUCUCUUUACUAAAUGAUGCGCAUAGGAAGCUUCAAUUAUGUACAAGCAAUGCCUUCAGUUGAAGGCCAGAAAUAGGAGCUUGUCUGAUUUAAUUAGUUAAUGGUCCAGUGUAAGAAUAUCAGUCCUAAUGUCACCUUACAUCGCUGUUCAGUUCUACUGUUUAAAGCUGAGAUAUACGUGCAAUUCUAAGAGGGGUGUAUUGGAUUGGGAUUUUAAAGCAUUUUUUUGCAUUCAUGAAA